GGAUGAGGUGAGAAUGCAGGCUGACCACAGCCCCCAAAAAUGUUUCAGAGCCAACAAACCCACCCAACUCGCCUGCGCGUGCCGUGAAGCGGCAUUUGAGACCCUUCUGACUUUAAAAAGAGGGAUUAGACAACCCUCAAGGAGAAUAUCACCCCCAGCAAAUCUCUAAGCGCAGCGAAUCUCCAUCUGCGGCUAAAGUAAAAAGCUAUUGGCACACAACCCCUCGGAUUCUGCCGAGCUUAAUACAGCUUAUAUACAGGCAAAUAAUUGGCUGAUGGUGGCAGCAGCAGCUUGAUUUGUGUCGUCAACCCUCACCAUUUGAAGCAGCGCAGCAUAGUGAUACGCGGGGAGGCCCAUCUGAUAUCAAAAAGGGCCAUAUAUUCAACAUGUUUGGCACUCUCCAGUUCAACCAUACAGCAAACGCAGGGCCCACCUUCGUUGAACGAGCAGACGGUGCCGCAUUCAGUGCCCUGGGCAGCAACGUCCCGCAGCACACGGCGUGCGAUCAGUGCCGCCAGAAGAAGCUCCGCUGCACGGGACGCAAGACGGGCUGCGAGCGCUGCAAGGCGAGUUCUACAGAGUGUACUUAUACCCAGCUCUUUGGAAGCAACGUGCGGCGCAAGGACCGAAAGCGGACGGCUUCACAGAACGAUUCUGCUGUCAGCGCACACUCGCCGUCACCUGAGCAACAGCAGCAGCAGCAGCCCGAUUCGGAUGCCAUGCAGAGCAUCGUUGUCGCCACCACCACCAGAAGCUCCCCGAGCGCGUCGCUGCCGGCGGCUGCAUCGGUGCAUGGGGGGAAUAGCGGUGAUGAAAACGGUAGCAAUUCUUCUGUUGAUCCCUUGGCGAACGACGUUUCGCGGCCGAUGGAUGCAACGCUCCCAGAUGAUACGGCCAUGAGCAGCAACACUUCGGGGGAAGAAUUCGUAUUCUUCGAUCUGGACCCCUCCACUUUUGACCUAGCAGAGUCCAAUUCCAUGCCAGACUUUCACUGGUCACCAUAUGCUUUACCUGGAAUCUCUUCACCUCGCGGCACACAGCCAGACACGUUCAGUUUCUUGGAUUCUCGUUCAUCGACAGCCAUGACAGCGACACGUAUGCUGGGGCAUCCCAUCAACGUCAGCAACAGCUCUUGUGCCGGGCGCUGUCUCAAGGUCAUGAAAUCACUACUCGAAGAGCUUGAAGCUCGCAUGCACGACAUGAGGCCCUGCAAAGCCGACGUUGCGCUCUCUUUCCAAAAGCAAUCAUGCAUUCAGUGCGCCCAGGUAGUGCGCUGCAAGAGCUGCUACAUCGACCCAGACGCCAUGAUGUUUCUUACCAUGAUCUGCGAUAAGCUUAUCAUGCUCAACAAGAAGAUUCUCUGGUACACGAGAGAGGGUGCCAGUGUAGAGCAGCAAUUGCUUGUGGGUGAAUACGAGGUAGAUCAGAUUGAAGAAUGGGGCAGCAUGUUGCAACUUCUCACGGCGGUGCAGCUACGGAAGAUUAAGGCGCUGGUGGAUGAUAUUGAGAGAAGCCCGGCUAUUGAGGGGAGACAUGCCCAGCUGAUAAUGCUGCGGAGUGUGAAGCAGCAGGUCAUUGCACUUUUGGGGAGGAUUAGAGAGGCGUUAUUCAAGGUUGUCGAUGAGCCAUAGCAAGGUUGGACACAAAGAAUCCAAGACCGGAAAAGUUAAGACAAUGUAGACAGACUAUACAUCAUUUAUCAAGGAUGGCGUGGAGAGGGAGUCAUUUAUGGUGUUCUCAAAUUUCUUUAAUCUUUAACCUUUCAGUCAUUCAGAUAACAGAGUUCGUAAUCACCUGCGUCCAGCAUUGCCUUCAGCAGCCUGACAAGGUAGCCGUCCAGAUAUUUGACAUAUG